GCUGAUAUCUAUUGUCAGACGACAUCGAUGUCGCUGCGUGUUUUUGUAUUGUUGAUAUAGCCAAACAUCUUAUAUCCUCAAGAGUUUUGCUCCAAGAGCAACUAAAUAUUGUCACCAAUAAUCCAAUCUAAAAUGCUAGAAGUAACUUGCAACGAUCGUCUUGGGAAGAAGGUGAGGGUGAAAUGCAAUCCCGACGACACUGUGGGGGACCUCAAGAAGCUGAUUGCAGCGCAGACCGGCACGCGAUACGACAAGAUAGUUCUGAAGAAAUGGUACACCGUGUUCAAAGACCACAUCAAACUAUCGGAUUAUGAAAUCCACGACGGAAUGAACCUGGAGCUCUACUACCAAUAAGUCCUUAAUCAACACUACUUUUAAGUUAACUUUAAAUGUAUCUAUAAUCUUCUUUUUAUACCGUAGCAUUACUUUAAUAACAUAAUAAUUGACAAUU